UACGUUUAUCAUUGAGUGGGGAUCGAUCUUAUAUAGGAGACAAAUUAGUCUCUCUUCAGCAAAAGUCUCGAUCACCUGCUUCUUCGUUUGUCGAUCCACGAUUGAGAGUCAACGGUGCCAUAAUCGAUCACAUUUCAGUUUUGAAAGCAUUAACACAAAUUUCGAGUAAGCUAAGUGAGUAAACUAAUUGAAAAAUGAAAUUGCUUACGAUGGUCUUGGUGUCUACGUUGUCUUUGGCCACAACGCUUGCUCAAUCCAGGUACGAACCUUUUGCUGAGAAACCAGGUUCCUGUCCACCACCUUUGCCAGUGCAGAUUUGUAGUCAAUCUUGUUUCUUUGACUCACACUGCUUAGGAAUUGGCAAAUGUUGUCCAACCAAUUGUGGAGGCUUUGUUUGCACAAAACCUGUUACCAUGAGGCAAACAGUUUCUACUGAGAAACCAGGUUCGUGUCCAGCGAAACCAAAAGGAAGAUGGGUGUGCUCGCCAACCUGCAGUGUUGACAAUGAUUGUAGAGGAACAAUGAAAUGUUGCAAAAAUCGGUGUGGAGCAUUAGCAUGUCAAAAACCAGAUGUUGAGGUGGCUGAAUUUGCAGACGAAUCGGAAGACUUUUAUAAUAAUCCCAGGAAUCCUUACAUCAAUUCCAGAGAUCCAAAUAAUUAUCUACGUUAUUACUUCAAUAAUUAGUUAAAAUAAUUGCAGAUUGCCAUAAAACAUUAACAGGAAAAUAUGAUUCUCUUUUUAUUUAAUUUUUUGUAACUAAAUAUAUCCUUGUGCCAUAUCUUGUAAUUGUUACAAAAUUUGUGAUAAUUGUGAAUUAAAAAUCUCGCUCUUAA